AUGAACGAGUUUUACCGAGCGGUGCAAAAGUCCACCAUAGAGUGGUUUUACCUCCAUCACAAACGAGACCUGCCGUGGCGACAGUCUUUUCCCCCCGCCGAUGAAUUGGAAAGAAACACGGGAGCUACUGCUAGAUUGCGCAAUCCCUACCAUGUCUGGGUGUGCGAGGUUAUGUCGCAGCAGACGCAGAUAGGCACCAUUAUUUCCUACUUUGAAAGAUGGAUCUCACUCUUCCCCACUGUGGCCGCUUUAGCGGAGGCCACUGAGGACUCUGUCAAGGCGGCUUGGGCGGGGCUUGGUUAUUAUCGUCGUGCGUUGUAUUUAAAAAGGGGUGCCGAAUACGUUAUGCGACACUUUGGCGGAAAACUGCCCGCCAAAGCAGUUGAAUUGCAGCAAAUACCGGGUAUUGGCCCUUACACGGCUGCGGCGGUUUCAUCUAUCUGCUUUGGAGAAAACAUAGCGGCGGUGGAUGGAAACGUUGUGCGCGUGAUAACCAGGCUGCGCUGUGAGCGAGACGUCGACCCCAAGGCGACAAAGACGAUGAGGGCAGUGACGCAGUGGACGCAAGAAUUGAUGAAUGAAGGGCCUUGUGAAGAUCCCGGCGCCUUUAAUGAGGGUUUGAUGGAGAUUGGUUCAGGUGUGUGUAAACCAUCUGGACGGCCUCUUUGUGAAGAGUGCCCCCUACAGCAAUUUUGCAAGUCGUAUGCUGCAAAGGCAGGUGGUGAGAUGGAGACUAUUGAGGGCAUUGUUCCAUUAAGGUCUGUUGCACCCAAAAAGAAGAAGCAAAUCGUUGUUUCUGUAAUACAUGAAUUUCGUUACGGUGACAUCAAGGAGGGUAUGAUGCUGAGGCGUUUUGUUGUGGUUCAAAGGCCCGAAGAAGGGUUAUUGGGUGGUAUGUUAGAGUUCCCCUCUAUAACGUAUAGCUUAUCCCAUGAAAUUGUCUCGGUCGAGGAGGAGGUUGUUCUAAAUAUGCGUGAACGAUUAGCUGCUAAACAUGGAGCUGUGCGAUACGUGGGCAAUGUUCGGCACAUAUUUUCACAUAUAGACAUGGAGGUGCUCAUUUACUACGCGCUAUGGAAGAGCCCGAAGCCAUACCGUGGAAAAGAUAAUGGAGGUGCCAAGGCGGAAGAGACUGGUUGCUGCAUAAAGGAAGAGGCUGUCCGCGCUUCGCUGGCGGAGGAACUUAGUGUGGCUCCCUCGCGUAUCUUUGUCAAGACGAUGGAAGAGAUUAGGAGCUCGUCUGCUAGCCGUUUGCUGCUCAAGGUGCUCCAGAGGUUGCUUGCAGCUGACCAAGACGGGGACAACGCGGGGUCUUUGUCGACUCGGAAACGUGUAAGAAGGAAAGAAGAAGGCAAAAGGCAACUGACAAAUAAUAGUUUUAUUUGA